AUGGCCUCCACCUCAUCCGACGGCACCUCAUGGAUCUCGCCGGGCGAGUACUUCGAGGCGUACCGUCCCAUGACCACACCUCACGUCUAGACGCUCGCUGACCUCCCCUCCUUCACCUUGCAGGCGCCGGUAUCACGGCCGACUACAGCCCCCACAGCGAGACCUUGCGCAUUCUCGUCGUCUUCCUUUGCGGUCUCUCGCUCUACAACAGCGUGGAGCUGGUCAUCAUCGUCUUCAUGGUCAGUCUCGCACCCAGCCAGUCCAUCGGGAAAAGGACUGACAGACUCUUCGGCCUAGACCUUCACGCGCUUCCAAGGUCCCUACUUCUGGUCUUUCUUGAUCUCCACCCUCGGCAUCAUCCCCUACUCCCUCGGCUUCCUCCUCAAGUAUAUGAACAUCACGACUGGAGAGUCCAGAUGGCUCCCGGUGUCCAUCAUCACCCGUAAGUCGCCUCCGUCGUGUGCCUUCCUCGGGCUCACCAUCUUCUUCCGCAGUCGGCUGGUACUCAAUGGUGAUCGGUCAAUCUUUUGUCCUCUGGUGCCGGCUGCAUCUCAUCGUCACCGGUCAGAAGGGUGACAAGAUCCUCCGCUACACCAAGUGGAUGAUUCUGAUCAACAUCGUCUGUCUCCAUCUUCCUACGACCGUGCUUACCUUCGGUGCGAAUGGUAUCAUCGACACGCAGACCUUUGUGGUUGCCUACAAUAUCAUGGAGAAGGUUCAGAUGACCGGCUUCUUCCUCCAGGAGACUCUGCUGUCUUCCAUAUACAUCUUCGAGACCGCCAGGAUACUCCGAACGUCACUGCAGCCGGGCACGCGAAGGACGAUGAAGCAGUUGGUUGGCAUCAACGCGGUCAUCAUCAUCAUGGACCUGGCCUUACUCGGAUUGGAGGCCGCUUCGCUGUAUGUGUUGGAGACCCUCCUCAAAUCCGUCGUCUACGGCAUCAAGCUGAAGCUCGAAUUCGCCAUUCUCGGGAGGUUGGUCAAGUUUGUCGGUGGAAGCAGACCGGGUGCAGACUUGCGCAAGACAUCUGUUGAGUUCGUAAGCACCUGCCACGAACCAAGCCGGGACAACAAUGGCCUCGACGCCCGCGACUUCGUGGUGCACAACACCGAUAUCGCGCAUCCCUCGCGCUCACAUCCGUACUCGGAAUCACUGCCCUCCCACAUGUCACCUUCUAGCAUGAUCAUGGAUCACGUGGCUCGGUUCGAACACAUCGAGGUUGUAUCCACGCUACAAGGGACGACUUCAAGAAAUUCGCCCUCGCUCAGCAAUGGCAACGAGGUUUGGAAGCUUCUGCACGCCGCGUCCUGCACCAAGUCACAACCAAGUGAUAGCUUGGACUGA